AUGACCGGUUGGACAGUCGUCGUUGUUCAUAAUGACUGCAAGGACUUGGGCUAUGCCACUGAGGGAACUUAUAAGAGAGUCACUCAGCGAGAGUACGCUUGGCACAAGCUGUAUUCUGUUCCCACUAUAAGUGACUCUUUGACUCUCACCAUGCAUAUCCUCCCAACAUUGAGCAGCCUCUUGCUGGCCGGCGCGGCCACCACCGCCGCCCUCAAUAAUAGCUACUGCGCCCCCAAGUCUGGCGACGCCCAGGUUGUCCAAUAUGCCUGGGCCCUCGAAUACAUGGUCCAGCAAUACUACGCCUCCGUCGCAACCAACCAGACCUUCCUCAACUCGGCGCAGAACAGCUCCACCGCAAACGUCGUCUCCAACCUGCAGGGUAUUGGCCAGCAGAACCGCCUCGGCGUCCGCGCCGCGCAGCAGCUCGGCAAGCGCAUCGGCAACUUCACCUCACCUGGCUGCAACUUCACCUUCCCCGCUCCCGCCAGCGGCCAGGCCUUCCUGACGACCGCCCAGGCGUUUGAGUCCAAUGCCUCCGCCGCCCUUAUCGGGCUCGAGGGCUAUACACAGGCCCCCGAGGUCUCCUUCCUGAUCGCCCGUCUGGCCGCCCAGCAUGCCGGCCACGCCGCCUACCUCGCGACGACCCAGCAGGCCUCCGUCUUCCAGAGCAACGUUACCUCGCUGGUGCGCGCGUACAGCCCUAGCUACGUGCUCUCCAACGGCACCAGCCCCGGCCAGCUGGGCCGCUACUUCAAGGGAUGCGUUUCGGCGCCUCAGCCUCCUUGCGGUAAUCUUACCGUCGGGCCGUUGAUCGCUACCUUUGGUAACAACUCGACGAGCUCGUCUUCCUCCUCGUCCACCGCCACGGCUAGCUCCGCUUCUGGUACGGCCACUUCUACGGGGUCGAGCAAGAGGAGGUUCUGGUAA